AUGCAAACGAGAAAUUUCAUUAAAUAUUGGUCAGCACUUUUAAGUGCCUUACUGGUUUUCUUAGGUUACGUGUUUUACACAUUUAAUGUUAAAACAUACCGUGGUAAUCAGUCGAGUUUGAAAAAAGAACAAUCCACAUAUAUUCAGAUUCCUUCUCUACGAGUUCAAAGAAAAGGAUUAAUAAUUUUUGGUCAGGAUCGCUCUGGGACGACCUUUAUAAGUGCAAUGUUUGCAAACGAUCCACAAAUAUUCAUGGUGUACGAGCCGCUCUGGAUAACUCAAAGAUGGUUUUUUUACGAAAACCAGUAUUAUCAUCGUUGCAUAAGUUGCGAACUUCAAGUAGUAAGUUCCAUUAUGGCUUGUAAUUUCUCACGCUCCCCUGCUUCGACAAAAUUCCUGUCGUAUGUUUCCACUCCCUGGACUGGUGCUCUGCCAGUUAAUAUUUUCGAUACACCAAACUUUUGCAACAAAACUCGGGAUGUAAGGAAUAUAAAUUGUCCCAAACUUGGAAAAAACCCGGGUUUUGUGGAUCGUGUUUGCAAUACAAAGUAUAAACACAGCGUUGUUAAGGUCGCACCCGCAAGGUUACCUCGAGAAAAACUGGCUGAUCUUGUUCCUCGAGUUUUAUUGGAAAAUCCGGAUCUAGACGUGCGAGUGUUACAUCUGGUACGAGAUCCCCGAGGUAACAUUAAUUCUCGAAUUAAUUUAGACUGGGUGAAAGAUUACCCCAGCCCAAAACUACCAUCGACUGCAGCAGACCUAUGUGGUUCAAUUCUUAUUAAUUUAUAUCAUGCGGAUAAAACAUUAACAGACUUGGGACUCAAACACAGGUACAAACUGGUUUUGUACAAGCAGAUUGCUGAUGAUCCGUUGGGGACUGCCAAGGAUAUCUAUGACUUUGCUGGAUUUAAAAUGCCUCUAGAGACAGAACAAUGGGUAUUAGAGACAACAAAACCGAGCGCGGAAACACUUAAGAAGGAACUGGAGAAACCUUAUUCUACAGUGCGGAAUGCUUCAGGAAACGCGGAUAAAUGGAGGGAAGAUGCAUUUUAUUUCAGGAAUCGGAUCAUUGAGAGACAUUGCAAAACUCUAUUGGAUUCAUUAGGCAUGGAGAGAGUUUCCAAACCAAAGUUGGCAAAUCAUAAAUGA